GUAUCUAGGAAGAGUGAGAGGAAGUGAGGUGUGUGAGAGAAUGCUAUGAGCGUUUGUAAGAUUGUUGUGAGACAUAAUCAAGUGUAUGUGUUAAGAGUGAGGAGUGCUCAUAAUUUAAUGUUGCACUAAAGUGUGAGGUUGAUUAUAAAGUUAUUUUUAAUGCUUCAUAAUAAAAAUUUUCUUCAAUCGAGUCCAUCAUUUUUCACUUUCUCUUUUUGUCAAUUAUAGUGAUUCCUUUUCUUCCCCUUCAGCUGCUUGCUCGAUUAGUUCGUGAGUAUGGACCAGAGGUUGACUAAGGCAGCUCGAGAAGGAAAUAUUCCUGAAUUGUAUAAGCUAAUCCAGGAGGAUACAGAUGUCUUGGAAAACAUCGAUAAGAAAGCUUUUGUUGAUACUCCGUUGCACAUAGCUGCUUCACAAGGGCAUAUUGAAUUCGCGAUGGAGAUAAUGAACCUGAAGCCAUCUUUUUCUAAGAAGUUAAACAAAGAUGGUCUUAGCCCCAUGCACCUUGCUGUACAAAAUGACCACAUGCUAGUGGUGAUGUGGCUCAUAGAUGUUGAUCGAAACCUUGUCCGUGUCAAAGGAAAGGGAGGUUUCACUCCUUUGCAUUAUGCAGCUGAACAAGGAAACUUGUCUAUUUUGAGAGAAUGCUUUAAAGGCUGCCCUGAAUCUAUUAAAGAUGUUGCCUUUCAAGGUGAAACUGCUUUACACAUUGCAGUCAAGCACCACCGAAAGGAUGCUAUUGAAUUGUUGUUGAUGGAAUGGCUUAGGUGGUCUGAAUUCAAAGAUGCCGAUUUUUGGGAAGCAGAGCUCCUCAACUGGAAAAACAAGGAAGGUAAAACCGUGCUGCAUAUUGCUGCAUCGGAGAAUGAAUGGAAUGAUCAACACCAGGUACUAAAAAUGUUGCUGCGAUGUCGUCAUGUUAGAACUGAUAUAAAAGAUGGUGAUGGUUUGACGGCUAGGGAAAUCUUGAGAGACCAAGUUGGAUUAACGGAAAGACAAAUUUGGAAUAUGCAAGCAGAGGGUGCAGGAUUUUUAUUUCCAUUAAUAUUAUUAUAUAAAAGUGUAAUAUAUCCUCUACGUUCAAUCCGUCAGGAAGCUCAGACAUCGGGAUCAAAGUCAAGGCCUUGGGCGUGGAGAUUACGUCGGAGAAGUAUGUGGAAAUCGAGUGAGAGGCGCAAUACAGAACUGAUAGUUGAUACGCUGGUUGCAACAGCCGUCUUCCAGGCAUCACUGAGUCCACCUGGUGGUCUUUGGCAGGGUACUGCUACUGUUGAUAUUAACGCGCUCAUUCGCGUCAGUAACUCUUCCACUACUUCUGCAGCGACUCAUCCACACUUCGCUGGUACAUCAGUGAUGUCUCCGGCCGAGUUCCUUUGCUUUUACAUUUUGAACGGUGGCUUGUUCCUCCUAGCCGCUUCUCGAAUGAUGGUAAAUCUAAUUACCCAAGAAGGCCGCGUGCUAAUUUCUGUUUUUUCUGUUUACUGCUUGAUUCUUUCCUACUUGGGCUCAAUGUUAACCAUAUUUCCUGAUAAUGUGAGUAAUGGGGACUCUGGCCUGUUUUAUUUAAUUUGUUUUUCUUAUGGAUUAGUGCUCGUACCCUCUGUAUUGUUUGCCAUUAUGUACAUGUUCUUGCCUAAGGAGCCUAGAGUAAAACCCAGAAAACAUCACCAGACAAUUCGUGAUAGGAAAGAAUGGUGGUAAUAUGUCUAUAGAUAUCACCUCCCAUUGUUGAUGUUCCUCUUUCAAUACUAGCUUAAUUAAUUA